AUGAUUUUAUCGUUUUUGCCACCUGCUACUCAAGUUAUUUUAAUAUCAGCCACUUUACCGCAUGAAAUAUUAGAAAUGACAAACAAAUUUAUGACUGAUCCAAUAAGAAUCUUAGUUAAACGUGAUGAAUUGACACUUGAGGGAAUUAAACAGUUCUUUGUAGCUGUCGAACGGGAAGAAUGGAAAUUCGACACAUUGUGUGACUUGUAUGAUACACUUACUAUAACUCAAGCCGUUAUUUUCUGCAGUACUAAGAGAAAGGUGGACUGGUUGACAGAAAAAAUGAGGGAGUCAAAUUUCACAGUAAGUUCGAUGCACGGAGACAUGCCACAAAAAGAAAGGGAUGCUAUAAUGAAAGAAUUUCGUGCUGGACAAACGAGAGUUUUGAUUACAACCGAUAUUUGGGCUCGCGGAAUUGACGUACAACAGGUUUCUUUGGUUAUAAAUUAUGAUUUGCCAAACAACCGUGAAUUGUAUAUACACAGGAUUGGCCGUUCUGGAAGAUUUGGGCGCAAAGGUGUUGCAAUAAAUUUUGUUAAAAGUGAUGACAUAAGGAUCUUACGUGAUAUUGAACAAUAUUACUCCACACAAAUUGAUGAAAUGCCCAUGAAUGUUGCUGAUUUGAUAUGA